AGAGGGCGACACACUGCGAGAGUAGGCUGUCGGGUUCCAACAUGGCGUUUACAUUUGUCGCUUUUUGCUACUUGCUGGCCAUGAUAUUGGCUGCUGUUUUGAUCUUCUUUGCAAUAUUCCACAUUAUUGCCUUUGAUGAGCUGAAAACUGACUACAAGAACCCUAUAGAUCAGUGUAAUAGCCUGAACCCGCUUGUACUUCCAGAGUACAUCAUCCACAUCUUCUACAAUGUACUGUUCUUGAUUGCUGGUCAGCUCUUCACAGUAGCAUUGAACCUCCCUCUUAUGGGAUAUCAUAUUUUCAGAUAUGCGAACCGGCCUGUGAUGAGUGGUCCUGGUCUGUAUGAUGCUACUACUAUCAUGAAUGCAGACAUCCUAUCCAGGUGUAUGAGGGAAGGAUGGAUAAAGCUUGCCUUCUAUCUUUUAUCAUUCUUCUACUAUUUAUACAGUAUGAUCUAUGUCCUAGUUUCAUCAUGAAGUCAAAUGAGGUUGCCUAACCUAUAUCCAGAUGUUAACCAGGAGAUUGCAAGGACAUCGGUAAUGGGGUUAAGAUUAAGAGAAACAUUGUAUGUUAAGAGUGCUGUUUUCACAAUGGUUAUACAGGUACAUGGGGGGGGGGGGGAAUUGGUGUCAAUAACAUCUUAAAUUAUAUUUCUCAGCCUGUAUCAAAUUGCGGUUAAUCUAGAUUGUAUAAAAUGCAAGCACAAACAUGCAUGAUAUACAUGUAGUAUUAAAUUGAUUUUAUCAAUGUUACUUCUUUGUUUGUUUCAAGUCCAGCCGUUGUACUAGGACGAUUGACCAACGAUGUAUACAUUGUAGAUGAACUUAGAAAGGCUUUAAGAAUAUGUACGUACCAUCAAUUCUGAUAAAAUUCAUUUUCUGACACUAAAGCAUGAUUUCAGCUGUUGGUGAAUUGCCCCUUGGUAGAGGAGGGAUGUAUUCUGCAUAUCAUUAUUAUGGUUAUUUUUUAUCAGCUAUUCAUUCAAAUAUUUUUAAUGAAAGUUGUGAGAAAUUACACUAGACAUACAUGUAUGUAGAAACAAUGAAAUAUAUACAAGAAAGUACAUGGCAGUUUCAUACAACAUGUAUGUCUGAUAUACAGAGACUCUCUGAAAUGCUCUCCAAUUAUUGUGGGUCAAGUAAGUUAGUCAUGAAGUGAUGUUGAAUCGGAAAACAUUUUGGUCUAAUAUAUAAAAAUAAAGGAAUAUAUUUUAAUCUGCUGUAACUUCCCAGGAAUAAUUAUCUUAAUAUCAUUUGUUGAAUGGAGUUGAUUAUUGGAAAUCAUUGUGCAGGCAGUACUGGCUAUAGAUAGGAUCUUUAAGAAAUUCAUGAGGUCAAGUAAGUAACACAAUUAUUAAAAAUUGUGGAAAAUAUUGUAAUGUAAACUGAGGAGAAACUCUACAGUUGUAACAAUGAUAUCUUUAUAUUGUUUUUUUUUAAUGAUAUUACUUAAGUUUGUUCUUUCUUAUUAAGAGGUCUAGUGAAAGCUUUAUUUUUUAUUGAUAUUCAACAGUAUGUUAUCAAUUCAGUGUAGUGCCCUGUAACAUUUAGAGAUACAAACAACCUUUUAAUUGAUUGUACAUGUAGUUCUUUAGUACAUUGUUUGCCAUAGACAUGAGAUUACACUACAUCAUACGUUCAUUGUAUCUUGUAUGUAACAAGACUGAUAUUUAAUUUCUAGUUCUUUUUUAUUCCAAUUAUUUUAUAAAAAUAGGUGAAUUGUAUUGAUUAGAAGCAAAGAUGGAAGAUUCGGUGUUAGAUCAAUAUCAAAUUUGAAUUUGUAGAUAUUUGCACAAAAAUGAAUUGUAUACAGUGUUCCAGUAUUGAUAUGUUGAAUUCCAAUUGUAACUAGUUUUGUUGUAGUGAUUUGUGUUUAUUGUAGAUGAUUUGAUUUUGGAAUAGAAAUACUGGAUGUGCCUUUAAUUGCUGUCACCAGGAGCAUGCAACUAAAUAUGUUCUUUAAAAGUCCUUGAAAUUGAUGAAAUGAGUCAAAGGUCACAUACCAAACUUUUUUAUAUUGCUGUAGGUUUGUUUUCCACACUCACUUUUAUACUCCUUGGCUUGCCCAGUCUGUAGAUCUUAGUUUUAUUUCAGUCUUGUUAUUGUAAUUUUACAUGAUAGUAAUGAUAUUCAUUUAUAUAGUGCCACCUAUCUAGAAAUGAUCCAUUCCAAUGUGCACUGUCCUGUUUUACCUAGAGCUCUAGUUUCCAUUGCUCAAUGUUUGAAGGAAUCAAUUCUGCUGGUCCCCAUUCACCUCGCUUUGCUUGAUUGCAGCAGUUUGUGGAUAAAACCCUUGGCGAAGAAAAACAUGUCUGGGCAAACCCUCUGUUUUGAAUAUGAGUUAGAACCACCAAACCAUGGCAUGCCCAUAGUAUAUAUUUUCCAUAAUAGCCAAAGUUGUCUAGGGCAUAGGGCCCAGUGGGUUAAUUCAAUGUGACAGUAUAGAAUGACGUUAAAUUGGUCAAAUCUGAUUUCAAUUCAGUUUAAUGCUGCUACUGUAUGACACUUGCACAAUUUUCGUUUCCCGCACUGGCAUGAUUCAUUUGUGACAAUGUGGGGUAUGAAGUGUGUCAGUGUUUCCUGCCAUGUUCCAGAGUAGUUCAUGCCAUAUUCAUGACGGUAAUAUCUCGUCAUUCCCUUCAUCAUCAUUCAUUGGUGCAUAAAAUCAGACUCCGUGAUGAUUUUUGAAUUGCCGUUUGUUAUAGCCAAACUGCGCAUGCGUUGCCUUUUAGGCCAAUAAUUUGGAGACUCGUGAUAAAUAUGUGCAGCCUAUUCGUGAGCUACUAGUCUUGAACUAGUUGUGAACUAGUUGUGUAUUAAUCGUGAACUAGUCGUGCCAUGGCACGGCUUGGCCCAUUGAAGUUAUGCACAGUCUAUAAAUAAUCGUCUCUGAAAUUUGUUGCUCUGCACUGGUAAACCUCUUGAAGUGGUAGCAGCAUAUGACUUUUCCAAUUAUUGAAUUUUAAGAUUAUCCAACAGAGGAAUCAUUUCUAGUAUGAUUUUGUCUUUUUAUUUCAUGCUGUCUACACCUGUGAUUCUGUUUGGUAAAAGUACAUGUACCUAUUAAUUCUGAUGCUAAUUGUUACACAGUUCUGACAUAAACUAUUGCACACAAACCCACUGCAAGAGGGUAGUUGCUUGGCAAAUGAAAAAUAAAAAAUAUUUUAAUAUUUCUGCUUAGCUUGUAUGCUUGCUUAGUCUCUUGAGCUAUGAAAUUGGAAUAAACUUGACAGGUUAAUUUGUAA